GGAACAUCGGCUCACCCACCCCAAGGUAAUAUGCCUGCGUCGGCCACCUUACCGAGGGAGGUUCAGGCGUUUGCCGCGGAGCAAGGACGGCCAUAUGGUCUGGUCUCGGUGGGAGGCCUGCUUAUUGAGCUUCGAAAAUACCUUCCCCGAGCUCCGAAUCUCCAUUAAUGGAGGAAACCAAGGAGCUCACAGCCGGCCUAUCCCUCAGGCCGCAUUGGUAGAGUCGUGGAGGCUCGAGCUGCGACUGGCCAGGUGGAGGGAUGACCAGCAGUUCACCGGCGGCGAAGGCGGCGGUGUGGCGACUCAAGCGAUGGCCGGUGGAGCCAACGGUGGGCCAUGAAACACUCUGUCGCCGGCGACGUUUUACCAGGAACGAAGCGGCAAAACCAAUGGACGCUGCAGUGAGAUUCCCCUGGGGUAGCUAAAUUCACCGGAGGAUCCAUGGUGGCGCGAAUGGCGGCGGCGGGUCCGGCGGCCCCAACUCAGAUAUGAAAAAAUCCAGAUUUGGAUUUUUAGGAUCCGUAGCUUCUUCCUUUCCCGGAAUCAUUUUUCCUAGAAUUUUCCUUCUUUUUUGGUGAAAUCAGUCCACUUCGUAUGAAUUUUUUGUGUAGGAACUCAAGAACAGUAAAACACAUGAAUCUUUUUGGACAGAUUCCCACAGACGGCGCCAGUGUUGAGUUUAAUCCAACACGAUAUAGUAAAUAUAUGUAUAAAUGUGUAUGAACAACUCAGUUUUUACGUGGAAACCCGAAAGGGAGAAAACCACGGGACUUUUUAG